UUGGCGACCCUGUUUUUUAAUCAUUCAAUUCCAGUUGAUCCGGCUGGUCAGGUGUUGCGUCAUUGAUCUCCUCAAUAACACAUCAGAUCGUAAUAUUCGCAAUAUAUAAAGCAAGAGCAAUUCUUUAUCGCUAAAAGUAAUAGACAUAUUGCAAAAAAUGGCAGAACCCAUUGAUGUCGUGGUUACUGGUGCUGCUGGGCAAAUUGCCUAUUCUCUAUUGUACCAAAUUGCAGCUGGUACAGUUUUUGGUCCAGAACAACCUGUUAAUCUUCGAUUAUUGGAUAUUUUACCUAUGAUGAAAGUAUUGGAUGGAGUGGUUAUGGAACUGGAGGACUUGGCACUUCCUCUGUUACGAGAGGUUUUGCCAACGGCUGAACCAGCAAAGGCCUUUAACAAUGUAGCAGCUGCUUUCUUAGUUGGAGCAAUGCCUAGAAGAGAAGGAAUGGAACGUAAAGAUCUUUUAGCUGCAAAUGUAGAAAUUUUCAAGGUGCAGGGCGAAGCAUUAGAUAAAUAUGCUCGUAAAGAUGUCAAAGUGUUAGUUGUAGGUAAUCCUGCUAACACUAAUGCACUUAUUUGUUCACAUUACGCACCAUCUAUCCCAAAAGAAAACUUUACUGCGAUGACUAGAUUGGAUCAGAAUAGAGCACAAGCAGCAUUAGCCACACGAUUAAAUGUGCAGGUUGAUAAGAUCAAGAAUGUCAUUAUUUGGGGCAAUCAUAGCUCUACGCAGUAUCCUGAUGCAGCACAUGCAACAGUAACUCUUUCGUCCGGUGUAAAAGCCGUACCAGUUGAGAUUAACGACGAUGAAUGGCUUAACAAUACCUUUUUAGCAACGAUUCAAAAACGCGGCGCCGCAGUAAUAGCUGCUAGAAAGAUGUCCUCCGCCAUGUCCGCCGCUAAAGCAGCUGGAGAUCAUAUGAAAGAUUGGUGGUUCGGUACUAAACCUGGAGAAUGGGUCAGCAUGGGUGUUGUAUCUGAUGGAAGUUACGGAGUGCCAAAAGAUAUUGUCUUUUCCUUCCCUGUCGCCAUUAAGGACAAACGCUAUGAAAUCGUCCAAAACCUUGCAAUCAAUGACUUUGCAAAAUCAAAACUGGACAUCACAUCUAAGGAAUUAGAGGAAGAACGUGCCGAGGCAAACAACGUAUUGAAAAAGUGACUAGUAGCGUCAGUGCAAAAUGAUGAAAUGAAAAAAGAGGAAUUUGUGUUAGCAAAAUUGUAAAAAAAAAGUAUUGAUAAUGUUACUCAGAUAAAAAUGCACACAUAUAAAACAAAUGUUUUUAAAAACAUUACAGUUAAAAUCACGAAAAUAAAUAAUGAAUA